CUCCUUUCCCUUGUACAGCUUUGAUCUUCAUUCCCACAUCUCUUCUUUCAAUUGCCCUUCCUGUUAUCAAUCGCCAAUCAAUUCAUCAUGUCAGACUUGCUUGCAGACUCAACAUACUCUCCACCCCGAGGAGAACCCGAUCCCUACCUGGUGAGCUCGUCGCCAGGGGACCGCGAAGGACUACACGACGCAGCAGUUAAAGGGCAAUUCGAAGAGUUCCGGCCCGCCGCAAAUAACAAGACAUGGAUCAUCAGCGAGAGGUAUUGCCGCAUCGGGGACUCGGUCGACUCCUUCGAGCCCAUCCUGCACAACCUCUGGUAUCUCUACUACCAAGGGGGGCGGUACAUGUCCCAUGAAAGCACGGAACAUGACCGACUGGUGCUGGACGUGGUCCGCACCCGUGGCCUCGGCCCUCUGACCAGGCCUGCCCCUAGCGGCUGUGGCAUUGACAUCGCCCGGACCCCCGCGGGGCCGUCGACGCGAGUGGACGGGGAUCGCCUGUGCCAGAUUGCUCUAGUGCUCUUCCGCGAUGCCCUUGAGACGGAACGAGAGUUUGGCACUGCCAAAGCGCUUGCAGAUGCCGACCCGCGACGCACGAUGCUCGAUCUUUCUAUCGCCGCCUUGCUCCCGGCCGUCUGUACGUGGCUCAACGAAGCGGGACGCAAUCUGCUCCUGCUCUCGGACGCGUCCUGGAAUAGUUGCCCUGCGACCAUUGCCCAAUGCGGCGAAACCUUCAUCGAGUCCGAGCUCGGUCGACGAGCACCGGCGGGGUUCAGUCCCUGGAGAUGGAUGUACUGGCUGAAGCGACUGCAUGAAAUUGGUCGCCUUGCUGAUGAGGCGUCCGAGAGCGGUCUGAAAGAGUGCGCCCAAGACGCGAUCGAGACCAUGUUGGGGCAUGUGGAGGAGAGGAACUCGAAGAUUCUCCGAGUAUUCGAGGGAGUGGACGAUAAGUUGAAGCAGGAUCCCGACCUGGUGGGGUUGAAGAAUUUGAUGAAAGAGGAUGAGGGUGAUGCUUCUGAGUGAAUUGAAUUUCUGGAUAGAUUUAUUUCUCUUUACUUGUCGCAGUGAAUAUAUAUUUUGGGUUCUACUCCACAGACUGUUCUUUUGCCGUUGAGACCUUUGAAUUGCUAGAUCGUUUGAAUCUCACUUUAGUCUUUGUAUAAGUCGAUGAAACUGAUGAAUAAAUGCAAAAAG